CUUCAAAAUACCAGACUUGCAACUUAACUUUGUUCUUGUCUCUCUGAUGACAUACUUUCUAAAUAUUAAACCAAAUAUUCUGGUCAGUUAAUAAGUACUUCUUAUAAGUACUUCCUUUUAUUCUUGCGUUUUUAUGACAUAAACACUUUGAACUUGUUGUUGCUUGAAUGUGCUAUAUGAAAAAACUUAACUUCAUUGAUUAUCAUUCUGUGUUAAGGAAACGGAUAAAGAGUUCCAAUAAGGGACAGCGUUUAUGGGAAAUCAAAGCAAACACUAAAGUAGCUCAUUAACAGGAACACGAUAGAUGCCCUUUUCUGACGAAUAUAAAAGAGAACAGGUGAACUCCUGUCUCUCCAGAACUCUCUUCAGCAUCCAUCCCUCCAGCAAAACUCCAGCAAAACUCUGAAAUCUCUCAGAAUCAAGAACAUCAGACUCCAAGAUGAUUUUUCUGUUCCUCUUGUUUGGUCUCUCUGUGGCUGCUGUGGUUCCUUCAGACAGACAGGAGAUGAAACUACAGCGGGGCGGCUGUCCCCCGUUCUGGUUCGGCUUCAAUGGACGCUGCUACAAGUACAUCGCCACUUUGAUGACCUGGGCUGAUGCAGAGCAGCACUGUGUGAACCAAGGAGCCAACCUGGUGUCCAUCCACAGUCUGGCAGAAGAUAACUUUGUCAAAAUGCUGAUCAGAAACUUUGAUCACGCCGAGGGAGCCAACUGGAUCGGACUGUCUGACGCUCAGAAGGAUGGAACAUACUUCUGGUCUGACGGAUCUCGAUUCAACUUCAAGCUGUGGAAUGCAGGAGAACCAAACAACUCAGGAGGAUCUGAACCGUGUGUGCUCACCAACUGGGGCUCAGCCAAGAGAUGGAACGAUAAAGUGUGCACAGACAAAUUCUCCUCUGUUUGUAAAGCUCGCCUAGAUUUGCAAUAGCUGCUGACAAUGUUAUUCUAAAUCUGUUCAGUUGUUUUAAAUUUGUUGAUCAUAAAAGGUGCAAAUGUUUUGUAUAAUUUCUUUAUAAUUGGACCUUGCUUUAUCACUCCUUAUCAAUACUUCUUUGUAUCCUAAUAUUAUUAUCCUUUAGGUGUGUUGGUCUAUUUAAAUGUAUGAGAUGAAAGAAAUUUGCAUCUUUGUACACAAUUUUAUUUUGAUGAAGUAUAAAAAAUAUUUUUACUUUGUGACACCAUGAAAAACUAAGUUUUGAAGGAAUCUGAUAAUGUUUUUAAAAUUAUAAGUCUUUGUUUUCAAUGGUUUCAUUAUCUCCAUCUAUGUAUGAAGUGAGGAAUAUUAAAACCAUAACAGAGAUGAGAUGACAUGUUUCACAGGUUUAAUUAGGAGGGAGAAUAACAUCUUAAAUCAUUCGAGUUUUAAUCAAUCAAACUAUAUUCCUGUAAUAAAAAUAAUUAGAAGUACGUUUUAGGUUAGAUAAGGUAUUUUAUACUAAAACAAAUAUAAAUUGUACAUCUGUAAUUAGCACACUGAGUAUGAUACCAAAAUUAUUUUUGGUACUAAAAUAAUUUAACCUGAAGAAUGGUGGGUUGGCCACUGGGGGUUUGGGAGAGAUGC